AUGCCGCGUACAAAAGGAGAUGGCGAGGGCAAGAAACAGCCUGCGAUUCCUCGGCCUAGUUCUAGUGUGAUUCUAGUCUCCCCAAAGAACGAGAUCCUGCUCCUCCAUCGGGUCCAGACAUCCAGCUCUUUCGCAUCUGCCCACGUGUUUCCGGGUGGGAAUUUGUCCAGCCAAGAUGGCGCAUGUCCGCCUCCGGAAGACCUUUCGAGGCAUGAUGAUGCCCCCCAUUACCGACGGGCAGCAAUUCGCGAGCUUUUUGAGGAGAGCGGGAUUCUCUUUGCGAAGGACGGAAGCUCAGGCAAGCUGCUCGCCAUUGAUGAAGCCACUAGAGAACAGGGUCGAAAGCUCAUUCAUCAGAAUAAGGUAACCUUCGAUGAGUGGCUGAAGCAGCAACAUGCGAACGCUGAGCCUGACACAGACCAAUUAAUCCCGUUCAGCCGCUGGGUUACUCCGAAUAAUGUCCCCAAGCGCUAUACAACCCAGAUGUAUAUCUACUUUAUGCCAUUGCCCGUGAAUCUCGAUAAGAAACUACUCGACGAGCUACCGGCGGAAGGAGAGCGCGAAGAAAUCCAGGUCCCAACUAGCGAUGGUGGUAUCGAGGUCACAGAAGCGCAAUUCCUCCCAGCCUCGGAAUGGCUUCGUCGCGCACAGAGCGGAGAGAUUAUUCUCUUCCCCCCACAGUUUCUCCUGCUUCACAUAGUGUCCGGCUUUCUUGACAAGAAGCCUCGGUCGGACAUUUCGGCGGAGGAGAUGGAAAAACGUCGGGCAGGGCUCGUCGAGUUUCUGCACUCGGGCACGCCCCCUUGGACAAAUAAGUGCAUCUCGCCCAAAAUGAUGAAAGUGACUGAAGACGGACGUACAGUCCUGGCCUUAGACGAACCAGGUCCUGAGCUGGAGGGAUCUAGCAGACGAGGCGAGUCGGAGUAUGUUGUGCUUGUGCGCUUUACGAAGGGGAGUGUGAGGGAGGUAACAGUAGCCUUGAAGAAGGAUGUUCUCCGAGAGGGACGAGAAAAGCGAAGUAAUCUUUAG